GAAAAAACAUUUUUUUUUUUUUUUUAAAGGAAGGAUUUAAAGGGAAUUGGAGAACGGGAGGAAAAAUUGAAGGAGAAAGUUUAAAAGUUAAAAAGGAAGAAAAAAAAAAAAAACUUUAGAAAAAAUUUCAAGAGGGAGCGAAUUUUUUUUUUUUUUUUCAAGAAGGGGGGAGCAAAAAAAGAAAAAUUGAGGGAGGAAAAAAAAUAAUUGCGAAGGGCUUGAUCCGGGCGGCGGAGAACAAUACUCGCCGGGAAAGUUGCUGCGCGGCUCGGGAGGGAGCGGCGGGAGGAAAAUGCCGCAGCUGGGCAGCGGCGGCGGGGACGACCUGGGGGCCACGGACGAGAUGCUGGCCUUCAAGGACGAGGGCGAGCAGGAGGAGAAGAUCCCCGAGAACGCCUUCACGGAGCGCGACCUGGCCGACCUCAAGUCCUCGCUGGUGAACGAGUCCGAGGGCAGCGGCAGCCCCGCCGCCGCCGCCGCCGACCCCGAGGCCAUCAGACGAGUGCAGGAUCCGCAGAGGGUUUAUCAGGAGAAGCUCCCGGACCACAUGGAUGAUGCAGGUAUGAAACACCAGGACCCAGGGAUGUAUAAAGGAUCUGCGUAUUCUGGCUACCCUUUCCUAAUGCUCUCAGAUCCUUAUCUGCCAAAUGGAUCUAUGUCACCUCUGUCCAACAAAGUUCCCGUCGUGCAGCCGUCCCACGGAGUCCACCCGCUCACCCCGCUCAUCCCUUACAGCAACGACCAUUUCAGCCACGGCUCCCACUCGCCCCACUUGCCCGCCGACAUCAACCAGAAACAAGGAGUGCACCGUCCUUCCCAGACCUCAGACAUCCCCGGUUUCUACCCCCUCCCUCCCGGUGGAGUCGGACAGAUCACGCCGUCGAUGGGAUGGCAGAGCCAGUCUGUCUAUCCGCUCCCGUCAUGUGGAUUUAGACAGCCGUAUUCGUCAGCGCUUUCUGCUGGGGCUUCUUUCUCCAGGUUCACUCACCCGCUGAUGCUGGGCUCCAGCAUGCACACCACCGGCAUCCCGCACCCUGCCAUCGUGCCCCACUCCGGCAAGCAAGAGAUGGAGCACUAUGACCGAAACAUGAAACCUCAGCCAGAACCAAAGAGAGAGAAGGAAGCUAAGAAGCCCACCAUCAAGAAGCCCCUGAACGCUUUCAUGUUGUAUAUGAAAGAAAUGCGGGCGAAAGUCAUUGCCGAAUGCACCCUGAAAGAGAGCGCCGCUAUCAACCAGAUCCUGGGCAGGAGGUGGCACGCGCUGUCCCGGGAGGAGCAGGCCAAGUACUACGAACUGGCGCGCAAGGAACGGCAGCUCCACAUGCAGCUCUACCCCGGCUGGUCUGCCAGAGACAACUACGGGAAAAAGAAGAGACGAACACGGGAAAAGCAGCAAGAUUCCAACUCAGAUCCUGCCUCUCCUAAGAAAUGCAGAGCUCGCUUUGGCCUCAACCAACAAACGGACUGGUGCGGCCCAUGCAGGAGGAAAAAGAAGUGCAUUCGGUACUUACAAGGAGAAGGACGCUGUGCCAGCCCAGUUUCUUCCGAUGGAAGUGCUAUAGACUCCCCUCCCUCUCCUCUGGACGCACUCCAAUGCAUCUCCUCUGCUUUUCCUUCAGACAAGCUUGCAGCCCCCGCUGACUCCGCACACAGAGAACAGCCCGACCCCUUCCCCGCCUCCGCUCACCUCCAACCCGCCACCUGCUCCUCCAGACUGACCACCAGGUGCUCUUCCGCGCCCACGGAGUCCCCAGCCUACAGCGUGGCCUCCUCGGGGACAUAGUCCCACCCGCCCUGGCCAGGACACCGGGCACGUCGCGCUCUCCCGCCCGGCUUCGCUGCCCAGUGCGAAGGACCAGAGGCCCAGCCAAACCGCCCCAUCUCGCUGUAAAACGCGCAAAGUUAGGCAACAGGAUGACUUAAGGAUGCUGGAAAACUCAUUUCGGGGUGGUUUUUAUUUUUUUUGGCGGUGGGGGGUGUUAAAGAUAGAAAAGUGAUUUCAAAAAAAAAAAAAAAAAAAAGAAAAAAAGGUAUAAAAUAAGUACUUGCCAAAAUUUAAAGUGCUGAUGAGUAAACAAGCCUUUUGUCCCUGCCCUGUGCUGCUUUUUUUGUUUGGGGUUUUUUCAUUUGGUUUUGUUUUUUUUUUUUUUUUCUUUUUUCACUCCAUUAUCUUCCAGAAUGGCAGAAAGCAGCCAAACUCCCCAGCUUGCUGCAGUAGAUGGUAGGUGCUAUCAGUCUAACACCAGCUUCCACUCCCUGCCUUCCGAGCUGCUUCCAAGUGUAGUCACUCACUCAGAUCUCUCGUAGCCGUUAUUACCAUGGAGCUGGAAAAGCUGGAAUAGGAGCAUUUUUUCAAAAGCCCACAUGUCUGAAAACCAAACGUAGCAAUGCUAGCUUUCUGACCUGGCCGGAUAAUAGCCAAAUAUUUAAACCAACGAGGUGAAUUUUUUUAAAACUUCCUGUUUGACAACAGGAAGGUCUUGUUUACAGGUGACAGGUCUCUGCGCUCAGCGUGGCAGAGGCGGCGAAAGGAGCUCGGCCCGGCCGCUGGAGGGGCCGACGGUCAAUUCUCGCCUGGGUGCCGGGUCUCCCUCGCUGCUAGGAGCUGCCCGCUGCGGGACGUGGGCGGCCAGAAAUCUCGAAAGGCCUCAAAAAUCAGUUUGCUGCUCCGGCCUUGACCUAACCCUGCGGCGGGGAGGGCGGGCGAGGGGCAGGCUGGCCCGUGGGCAAGGACGGCGCUGGCCCAGCGAGCCGCCCGCGGCCGAGCGGAGCUGGGGGACAGAGGUGCCAGCAGCCUGGCAGCAGGACGGCACGCUACCCCGCUACGCACCCUCGGCGAGAUCAGAGCCCUUUUUCUCAUGAUUUGGUGUGUAAAAGUUUAAAAAACCUUAUUCUAGCUUUUUCUAAAAGGUCCUCCCUCCACUCCCACGAUGAUGCCAAACGUUAACAGCUUCUCUCCAGCUUGAAAAUGUUUACCGGCUUCUGGUAUUUUAUUUAUACUUGGAGUCUGGUAAAACAAAAACCACUGUGGACAGGAUGUGUUCUCCCUGAACCAAUGUACGUCCCAAAUUAAUCCAAGUUCUUGAUUUACUUCAGGCUUACAAACUUCUCUCAGAGACCACAAUCUAGUCCAGUGCAGAUUUUUUUUCCGCCUUGAAAGAAACAUAUUCUAGACUGCUGAAGAGAAAAACACCACCAUGCAGAGGGAGGGGCGGGACUAUUUUUUUCUACUUUACAGAAUAGGUUUUAGAGUACUGAAUACAAAUUAUGUAGUAAUAUUAUUGUAGAACUGCAAGAAAUUUAAGAUGACCUUUAUAAUGUACAAAAUAUUUUUAUAUUUUUUUUCUUAACGCAAAAACACAAACCCUAAUUUUUUACAUUGGACUAAACAUAACUUUUUAAACAAGUUUAUGCCUCAAAGGUUGAAAAUUAAAAAAAAAAAAAUGCUAGUGCGUAGAGCAGCUUUGGGUUUAUUCCCUUUAUUUAGGUACUUUUGCUUACAGUAGUGUAGAGUUUUUAAUUCCAGCUUGAGUUUAGAAGAUCUAAACCUAUUGCUUUAUUCUCUUCCUGUGUAAAUGUAACUUCAGAAGCACUGAAUGAAAGCUACGUGCACAAAGCUGAAAAGUUUGAAAAGAGUCAUUUUAAAGUUUGAAUCAUUUUAACCCUUAGAGAAGUAGCAUUACCUGAACCGACUGCCAACUGUACACUUAGUCCUGUACUUUUUGCACUCAGAGGGUUAAUUACAGCACUAGAUCAAUAUGCAAUCUGCUAAUUUUUAAAUUAUUUUAGCAAGCUUAGACAACAGCAUGCUCCAGUGCUAAAGAGAGAAACUCAGCAGACUCUUCCCAGAUCUGACAUAGUCUGUUUUUUAAAAAAAAAAAAAAAAAAAUUGCCAAAAAAAAAAGUAACAUCUCAACUCACCACUUGUCACCCUGAGACCCUCUGGUGUAAGGUGCUGUAGAAGUGUCAGCUACUGUAAACACCACGGAUGACAAAUCAGCCAGAGCAGCCCAGCGUAACUCAACACUGGGCGUAAAGCUGGUGUAACUAAACACCUGCUUGGUAGUUUGUGGUUGGAUGAAAGACAUAACUCAGCAGCAAAGCAAAGGCAGGUAUAAAAGAAAAAGCAGAUGUGUCCAAAUAACACCAGGGGAAACUGAGGGGAAAGUCCUGAACAGUUGUUACGCUGUGUACCCUGACCAAGGACCAGACAGUACCAGUGUACGCAGCCCCGCUGUCAGAGUCCACCAGGAUUUUCACCCAUUUCUCUGCAGGUUCCACCGGCCCCUGCACAGCCUUGCGGCCCGGCAAAAGGCCCAUCUGUAUUGCAGCCUCCUCGUUAUUUUUAUUCCAUCCCAUUCCUGCCAACUCUCCCUCGGUCACACCUCCUGCACGGAAGCGUUUCCCCAGCCGCGUUACAGCCCUGUUCUGCCCCAGCCUUGCUCUGGCCCUCUGCUCCGCUCCCCAGGGGCAGGUUUAUAGCCAGAGCCCACCCUGGGCUUUCGGCUCCCGCAGUAUAAACUCACAACAUCCACAUGGCAUGCUGUAACAUGGUCAGUUUAUACCGGUGUAACUGCAAAAACUGAGGUUUUUUUCCCAAAACACAGAAGAUAAGAGACCUUUAAGCCAUCCCUUUCCGAGACAAAACAGUGAGCAUGACCAACUGUUGUUACAUGCCCCACGGCUGAUAACCAAUGCCAAAACAAAGUUACUUUUAUUAAUACCAAAAAAGUGUCUUUAGAAAUGCUAUAUGAAGUGUUACUAUUUUGUGUUAAUACUCUUUUUUUAAUAGAAGGAAAACAUCGCCCUGAAGUUUUUAUCACAACAAGAAUUUUUUUUUUAGUUUUUUUACAGCAGUUUCAACUCUUCCUGAAAUACGUAUUUGAAUUCCUGAAAUCACUUUGAAUGUAGAAGUCAUGGAAGUACCACUUCAUUAAAUCAAGUAAAACCACUGUAUGUAUGUAGCAGGGAUAAAUGUUUUGCAGCUGUACUUUCAUUUGUCCAAUGACUAUCCACCAUUUGUUGUAAUUUUUUUACUUCACUGAGUUUGUAUUUUUUGGCUUUUAUGUUCAAAAUAUGUUUAUAGCUUUAUAAAUAAAGUAAUUGCCAGACUGGCUAUUCAAAAUAGGCCACUGGAAGUUAUAAUCCUACCAAACUCUCAAAUAACUCUUUCUUAGAAUUCAAGAGGAUUCCUGCUUGCUUUUUUUUUUUCCCCUCCAGCAUUUGUACAUACAUAGUUUUUAGAAUAACUGCCCAUAGUCUUCAAGGGGUAAAACAAAUAGUAAACCAAGACUAAGAAAUAACAGCUUCUACAAUCCCUACUGACACCUUGCCUUCCCCCUCUCUACCCCCCACAUUUAAUCCUUUUGGCAAAGAGCAGCUACCCCUGACCCUGCCACUACUUUGGGAAAAAGAAAAAAAAAAAAAAGUUAAGGCAGCACUAUACAAGUUAAACAGCAGGAUAAAGUUUAACAGUGGGAAAUCGGGCAGUCUCUCCCCCUUUCAAGAAUUCCAAACCACGCAGCUGGUGUCUGUGACAGCAGCAGGCAACUCUCCAGUUCAGCUAAAGGGAAUCCACACGCCACCGCACAGCACCCCCGAGCUGCCUCAGCACCUUCCUAAAGAGCAGCCUUCAGAGCCUGGCACUAACGUUACUGGAGGGGCUAAGACAAGUGAGAGGGUGCACCUCCAGAGAUUAAAACAAGAUGUGUUCUCAUACCGAUGUGCAUGUCAGGCAGCUACAGAAUUUGAAUCUGGGUAAAGUCUGAGACAGGGGCAUUUCAAUUACAGAAAGUUGUACGGAAUCCUGACUACCAGGCCUACAAAGAAUAUGAAACUCUGGCAAAGCUAUGUAACCCUCUGGGCACCCAGAUUAGCCCUUUCUCUCCUGCCUGCUGCUCUGCUCUACCUCCCCCGCAGCAGCAGCCAGCUGGCAUGACCCUGCAGCUUCAGCAGAAGCUCCACCACCAAGGGUUGUAUUUGACCACUAAGGGUUGUGUUUGAAGCAAACUGGUCUGAUAAUUAGCAAGUCUUACCCCAGGGUUCACAGGUGUGUUCUGUGCAGGUACAGCAAACAAAGUAGCAGAGUAAUGAAGACAAACUAUGUGUCUUUGUUCCUCAUCCUACAGCAGUGAGGCAGCGGCUGCUGACAAACACAGAUCCUGGUCUGAUGACAAACACCUAAAGGAAUUUAUACAGGCUUCUACCACUGAACACAAUUACAGUAUGGGCCUCUAGAUUAGCAACACAGCACUCCCAAGGAUGAAACUAGUAUAUUCUGCGACACUAACCUCACAUGCAGAUGGAUUUAUUUCUUGUAAUAAUCCAGGAUAAGCUGAAUAUUCAAAUCUAGCAACUGAAAAAAUUAUCAUCAGAUUUUCUCUAGUAGCACUUUUAAACCGAGAUGUAUUGUUUGCAAUACAGGAUGCUGGAAAGGCUUCUUCACAUUCAAGUCUAGCACUGGAGUAUUUUAUUCCCACUGACAAUAUCAUAUUUAUAAUAUGCCCACCAGCACAAAGGCAGGCCCAGCCGCCUCAUGAAUCAGCAGAUGAGCAGCAGCCGCAUCCAAAGCAUGGCUCUGAACACUGCUUCACAGCAAGUUCGGAAUGCUUCCAAUAACAGUUACAUCAAAGCAAGGUUACCUAAAAGCUGGUAAGCCAUCAAAAAAAAAAAAAAAAAAUAGAAAGAAAUCUGGAUCGCCUGUUAUUUAGCUUCCAACUUACGAGAAGCUGCCCACUACACCUGAACUAGUGCUUUGCAUUAGUCAUUUAACAAAAUCUUUACAUGUUUUAUUUCAACUAACUACUGCCUCAGUGCUCUUUGUACACUCAGUACUAAGUGACAAAAAGAUUGUCUAGUUUCAAAUAACUAGAACCAUCUACAAACAAAAGUUUAAAAGCCCUUUAUUAAUUCAGAAGUGAAACACUGAUAUUUAAAGUGAGAUAAGUAUGUUUAUUAAGGUUCGUUCUACUCUAAGGUUUAUACAGAGAAUGGAAUGCAAUACAAGCUAAGAGCACACCUCAAAGAUCUACCACACAACCAUCCCCUACUCCCUAUAAGGGAACUGUAAAAAAAAAAAAAAAAAAAAUCAGAAAACCUGUUACUGCUUAACUAGUUGCAAGUGGCUUUAUCCAAAGAAGUUAAGCUUGAUAUUGCAUUAGCUUUAUAUGCAAUAAUUAAGUCUCUACAAGCUGAAGUAUCACAUACAGAGGCGUAAGAUUUCCUGUGGACACGCAAAACCAUGUUUUAAAGAGCUACAUCACAAGAGUUGUUUAAAAUUGCCUAAAAACCAGCCACUAAUGGCAUGCACAGGUCAAUAAUAUUAACUUUGGUAAUGUCAGUCAUUUUUGGUCAAAUCUGGAUUCCACUUUUAACAGCAACAUGUAUAAAAACACACCCAUCCUGUGCAUAAAGCAACACACUUUUCAUUUGCUACCAGCUAGAGGCAGGUCUUCAAUACAUGGUUAAAGUACUCAAAUUCAGCUGUCAGGAGCUUGCUUAGUUCUAGAUCACAUCUUUCACUAGCCUGUAAAGGCAAGACUAACAGGACAAGAAAGUGGUCAAAUAUUUUUUCCUUUUUUUUUUUUUUUUUUUUUUUUUUUUUUUAAAUGUAGGACAAGAACCAUCUUGAAAGUUAUAUAGCUUUAAGUAACAUUAAUUUUCCCCACAAUGUUUUUGGAAGAAAUCCAGUAACUUUUUUUUGCUUUAUCUAGUUCCCCAAGACAUGUUCUAGUUUGUUUUUCUUUCUGAAGCUAUCAAUACCCUGUAAAUACAAGUUCUGUUCUUCUUGAGAAAGAAGACACAGGUGUUUUUAUUUACAAUGGAGUCAAUCCUUAGCAUUGUAACUGGACUUGAACAGUUUAAAAGUGUAAUGAAAAUGAUAACCUUAAGUGCUACUUCCCAUACAGAAUCCACACUUAGUUCAGUUUUAUUCACUGCAGAGUAAAGUAAAAAGACAUCCAAUUACACUAGUAAAAACUCAGAAGAUUUAAAUUUGUACUCAAAAAACCACUACACAUGCAAAGGGAACAAUAUCCUGCUAACACAACUUCAUUUGCUGCUGCAUUUGUCUAAUAUUAACAA